UUCGCAAGUCGGCCUUUUGGGCAAGCUUAUCCGGAAAGCUGCGAAUUGCGCUACCCUGUUUCCCUACCUUGUCCUGCUUGCCUACCUUUUGCUUCCGUACCUGAUCUGCGCCACCUACGAAGUACCACAAAGAUUUUCCCAUCGACCCGACGAUCAAGUUUAUUUCGCGGUUGAUCAUAUGGGCUUGUAGCGGCGCACGACAGCAAACAGCCGACCGCCGGCAAGCGUGACUGACAGCCAGGCAAGACAAGUCAACUUUUACUCCCCACCAAAGAGUAGCACUGUUGUCAGCUACUCCGUAGCCAUCUCCUUUCGUGCAAAAAAACACCAACCAACCCUCUCUUUCUCUGCCCGCCUGGAAUGUGGCUGCAAUCGUCGCUCCGGGGUCUGGCCCUGAUCCAGGCCCUGGCGCUACCCUCAAUCGUGGCAUCGCAGCAACCUUUUAUGCCAGCGGCUACGCCGUAUCCCGGGCCGCCGCCCGCGCUCGUUUCGUUACACGAGAAACGGCAAAACGGUUGCGUCGAGAACACGUUUAGCUGCGCGGACCGGGGUCCUCAGUUCAACAACAUCUGCUGCGGUAACGGGCUGAUCUGCUCACUCGAUGCCGCCAACCAGCCAGCGUGCUGUCCUCAAGGAGCGGUAUGCACAGGCACAGCACCAGCGAGCUUCCGACCGCCAGCCCCGAGCGCCUCCUUCGUCCCGAACCAGUUCUUCCCCUUUGCGUACAUAACGACCAGCUUCUCCAACAAGGCAGCCUGCGAGACGGCGGUGUCGCAAUGCAGCCGAAACUACGACGUCUGCACCUCGCAGCUCAACAACAACGGCCAGGCCGGCGGCAACGGCGUCACCAUCAUCGUCCCGGGAGGAGCAGGCACCACAAUCGGCGUCUCGAGGCAGAACCUGGGCCCGAGCUCGGCGACGAGCAUCUGCGGCUCGCUGAGCAGCCAGGCCUGCUUUGGCAUCCAGCCGACCGUCUGCAGCAGCCAGGGCACAGUCAACAAUGGGCAGUUCUUCGUGGGGAGCGCCAAUGCCGGCCCGGCCAGGCCCACACCGCCUCCGGCGUUGCUUCUGGGCGUUGGGCUCGGAGUGAUGGGCAUUUUGUGAUGGGAACCGUACAUAUUCUUUCGGGAAGGGGAGUUUGGGUUUUGAGAACUGCCAUAUAAGUUGGGAUUUUCUCAUUCAUUUCUUUUAUGCAGCCGUUUGCCAAAUCUACGCGGCCUCACGACGAUCAUGACAGGUUUGGAAUUCUUUGUUUGGAUUUUGCCGGCUAUUUUGAUCGAGCAAGUGAGCAUUUCCAGUUGCGAAAUACUACGGACAUGUCACCCGAGAUAAUUAGCUACGCAAGCUGUAUAGGCUGGAGCUUGCACGCGAUGUAUAAAAUCAACAGUCUGUGUGUAGCAGUCAGGGUAGAGCGUUUGGAUGAGAUGAUUCCUGUCAUGCGCCAUGCAGUAACUCUCAGAUGACACCAAUUUAAUGAAUUCUAGAUUUAGUCACGUUUCCGUAGGGAAUUCUUGCUUUAGUCGCAGCCUAUAGAUACUAAC